AUGGAGUACAGCACUCCUGACAGCAAGAGGGAGCGUUCGAGCGGAAGUCUCGAGCACACGCCCACCGAUCCUUCCCUACUGGUCGAGAGGCUGCAGCUGUUGAAAAGUAGGCUUGCAAAGAUGACCAAGACGCUAGAAGCCAGCGUCUCCUCUGCUUCUCCCAUCAGGAGCUCAGACAGUGAGGACAUCGUGUACUCCACACCGAAACUAGUCCAGCAACUGCUUGAAAGUCAGUUGGAUGCUGAACCUUCGCGCUUCCUCAACCCCGGCGAAACCCCGGGGGAGGAUGACCAUGUCACUGAGAUUCGGUUUACCUUGGCCACAAGCAGCGAAGAGGAUGCAGAAAAUCUCGUAAAGCUCCUUGCUUCAUCGAACUAA